AUGCCGGACGCCAUGACCACACUACUGGCGAACGCCGGCUUGAGCGACCUCGAGAGGCGGCUCCGAGACGAGGCCAUCGACGAGACGACAAUUCUGGACCUCGACGAGGGUGACAUGAAAGAGAUUGGUCUCAAGAUGGGCCCGCGUCGCAAGUUGCUCACGGCUAUACGAGAGGCCAAGGACCGCCGCACGACGCCCGGCGCCGACUGGGCAAGGUCGCCGCCGCCGCCGCCGCCGCCUCCAGCGUCGACGAAACUCCACCCGCCCGCGAAACCCGCGCCCGGCCUGACCGUGGGCGCGAAAGCGCGCCUGCGCAAAAAAGCCGCGCCCGCGCCGGUGACACCUGCUCCGGCGCCCGAGGCUCCCGCGGCGUCGAACAGCGAUGCCCUAGAGUGUCCGAUCACCUACGAGCUGUUUGUCGAUCCAGUCACGCUCGAGGGCGACGGCGUCGUGUACGAGCGCGAGGCCAUCGAAAACUGGCUGCGGCGGGGCAACUUGACGUCACCAGCGACGGGUGUAGCGCUCAAGGCGACGCAGACGAAAUUAAUUCCGAACGCGGCCGUUCGGCGGCGAGCGGCGGCGGCGCGGUCGCGGACGGCGCGGGCGCACCUCGACGCGAAGACGCAAGUUGCAGACGACGCGACGGCGCGCAUCCAAGCCCUCGAGGCCGAGAACGCGGCGCUCCGCGACCGCCUUCGCCUGUCCGUGGACCGCGAAACCGAGGCCGCGGCGAAGUUGCGCGAAGCGACCCGAGAGAACGCGCGGCUGCAGAAGGACGCGAAAAGCGCGAACAAUUACAAGAAUCGCGCGAAGAAGGCCACGGCGCGGGCCGACGAGCUGGACAGGGUCCUCGCCUCGGUGCUCGCGCACUCGCAGCACCUCGAGGCGGAGCUCGCGACGCUUCGGAACAUGCCGCGCCUGUUGGUUCGUAAUACGACGGCGCCGCCGGUCACGCCUGGCGACGGAGAUAGUGCGUACUGA